UGAUGAACAACCACAAACAAGUAAUCGCAAGAAUACAAAAGGACUAUGAAGAGGGGUACUCAAAGAUUCUCAACCCCAACAGAGUAUGCUUUCAUUAUACCAAAAAGGAACUCUUAGAGUUUUUAAACUGUGCCAAAGACCUCUCUAAACAGGUCUUAAAAGAUAUCGAUGAGAUUACCUUAAGGCAAGACUCCUUAGCUGUCAAAUACAAAGCCAGAGUGAACCAGAUUUGUCAGUCCCUUCUCAGAUUCAGUCAAAAAGUUGAGAUCCUUGCUGUGAGAGUUGGAUCCAAUCAUGAAACAUUUGAAAAAUAUUUGGUGGAUAACCAUAUUAAUGACUCUGAAGAGAAUCCUGACAAGCAGAAGCUAUUUGAGCAUCUUGAGAGACAAGAAGAUCAAGAGACUAAUGGGAGCACGAUGGAUGACAAUCAUUCAAUACGGUCUUCCAUAUACUCCGAUCUCAGAAUCCUUCAAACAGAUCAAGAACAGAAUGAAACUUGAGAAAAUAUUGCUAGUGCGUCAGCACAAAUUACCAUCGAAAAAUGCUUUCUCAGUCCAAAAAGUUUCGGGAACAUUCUUGCCUCUAUCAAGAAUAUUGGACUUCACUCCACUGCUCAGGCAACAGAGGUAGCAUUAAAAGUGCUUCUAAAAGUCGAUGAAUGCUUAAAGGAGAUCCUUCAUCACCCAACAGAAAGUGAAUACUGCGAAAUGCUUUUUCGGUGCUCCUUUCUGAGGAAUUAUGAAGACACUCUUCAUGAAAUUGUAAAAUAAUUCAGACGAAGAUGUAUUCUAUCACAACUACGAAGAGGAGCUGAAAAAGCUCAGAGAUGUGAGAGAAGACUCUAAGCGCACUAACAUCCAAAAGUUCCUCAAGAUUUUAACCAUUAUCUACCCAAAGUGUAAGGAUAAUUUUAUGAACAGAUAUGGGUGGUUCAGGCUUCUUGGAGAAUUUGGUAUAGCCAUUGGAAGCAAAACCCUUAAGAUAGCCAAUGCAAUUGUCAAGUUUUUCAAACUUAUUUGGUACUGUAUUCUAUACUUCUUGUCAAGAAAGAAAAGGAGAGCCCAAUAUCAGUCAUUCAUUUCCUCGAAUAAUUAUGGUACUUUCUGGAAGCUAGCCAAGAAUGAAGGAGGCCUUCUUCCCAGAAUUUUCUUUUAUCUUGCCAGUCCAUCCAUCAAAAUGCACCAAGAGAUCUACAUCCCGAGAUGCUUUGAAAGACUAGACUCUGAAGGUUUGAACCAAAGUAUGAAUGUGUUUGUCAAAGGGCUUGGCUUAAAGAAAAAGCAUAGGCUUCUUGAUAGAAAAACACACCAUUCCUUCUUAAUGCAUCAUAAAUCUAGACUAGAAGUCACUUUAACUAAUUUCAGCCUAAAGGAGAAAAGAAAUCACUUCAAGAUAGAAAUUGUAUCUCCCUUUGAAGUUGAUCUUGAUCCAGACCAAGCUGAAGACUUUAAGGAACCUCAGGAAUGUGAGGCAAUCUUGAUCCAUAUUCAUGGAGGAGGAUUCGUCUCAAAGCCUUCUUCUCAGACCCAGGUUUAUCUCAGAGAAUGGGCAAACGAGUUCAAAAUGCCAGUCUUUAUGCUGAGUUAUUCAUUAGCUCCUGAAGCAAAAUAUCCUCAAGCCAUAGAUGAGUUAUACCAACAGUAUAGAUGGAUUACUGAAAAUAUCGAAGAUUCCUUUGGACUCAAACCCAAAAAGAUAUUUGUCAUGGGCGACUCAGCUGGCGGUAAACUUGCUACUAGCCUCACAGCUCUGAGUAUAUGCAAACAAAUAAGGAUUCCAGACGGACUAUUGCUUUUCUAUCCAGUGUUACUUCUUAGAUAUAUCUCAUAUACUCCCUCAAGAGCUCAUAUGUUCGAUGAUGAGAUUAUGAGCCAAAUGGUCAGAGAAUCAGUAUUCGAAGCUUAUUGAAAGCAAGUUGAUGCUGAUAAUAACCCUUUCUUAUCUCCAGUCUUACUCCCUAAGAAAGUUUUAGAGAAUUUCCCUGCUACCAGAAUCAACCUAGCUGGAUUAGACCCCUUGCAUGAUGAUGGAUAUAAACUUGGCUACCAGCUAGCGUGCCUCGGAAGAGACGUAAAAGUAAGAGACUACAGAUUCCUACCUCACGGAUACCUAAACUUUACUCAUGUACCUAUGCUAAAACAAGAGUCCAAUGAAGCUAUCAAAGAUGUUUCAGAUACGUUCAGAGAACUACUUAUCAAGCCUUAA